GAGCAUCCCGCCUCCUCCCCCGGGCUACGUGCCCUCCAUGGCUGGAAUGCCACCUCCGCCUCCGGGCGCACCGUCUGGCAUGCUGCCGCCGCCACCUGGCGCGCCGAGUGGUUCGAAAAUGCCGCCGGAGGUCCUCAAGCAAAAGUCGCAGAAGUGGAUCCAGAUGCAGAACAGGCGCUACGGGGAGAAGCGCAAGGGCGGAUACGUGGACAUAGGGAAGCAGGAUUUGCCGCCCGAGCACGUUCGCAAGAUCAUCAAGGAUCACGGCGACAUGAGCAACCGCAAGUUCAGGAACGACAAGCGGGUGCAUCUCGGCGCGCUCAAGUACGUGCCUCACGCCGUUAUGAAGCUGUUGGAGAACCUACCCUUCCCCUGGGAGCAAGUGCGCGAGGUCCCGGUCCUCUACCACAUCACGGGCGCCAUCACGUUCGUCAACGACAUCCCGCGGGUCAUCGAGCCCGUCUACCAUGCGCAGUGGGCGACCAUGUGGCUCGCCAUGCGUCGCGAGAAGCGCGAUCGACGGCACUUCAAGCGCAUGCGUUUCCCGCCGUUCGACGACGAAGAACCACCUCUCGACUACGGCGACAACGUUUUGGACGUGGAACCGCUAGAAGCCAUCCAGCUCGAGCUCGACCCGGAAGAAGACGCCGCCGUCAUUGAUUGGUUUUACGACGCGAAGCCUCUCAUCGACACCCCGGCGGUCAACGGCCCAUCGUACAGGUACUGGUCGCUCGACCUGCCCGUCAUGGCCAACCUCUACCGCUUCGGCCGGACCCUCCUCUCCGACCGCACCGACAUCAACUCGUCAUACCUCUUCGACAAGAAGUCGUUCUUUACCGCCAAGGCGCUCAACAUGGCCAUCCCGGGCGGGCCCAAGUUCGAGCCGCUUUACCGCGACCUGGACACGUUCGACGAGGACUGGAACGAGUUCAACGACAUCGGCAAGGUCAUCAUCCGCCAGCAGAUCCGCACCGAGUACCGCGUCGCGUUCCCGCACCUGUACAACUCGCUCCCGCGCUCCGUCCAGCUCUCCCCUUACCACGCGCCGAAGAACGUCUACAUCCGCACGGACGACCCCGACCUGCCCGCGUUCUACUUCGACCCUCUCAUCAAUCCCAUCUCCCUCCGCGGCCUAAACAAGGGCGCGCCGCUCGUCCCGCACGAGGACGUCAUCUUCGGGCCGAACGGCGCCGACGACGACGACUUUGAGCUGCCGGAGGAGGUCGCGCCGUUCUUGGAGGAUAAGGAGCUCGAGAACGACCUCACGGCCGACGCCAUCGCGCUGUGGUGGGCGCCCGAGCCGUACUGCCGGCGCUCGGGGCGCAUGCGCCGUGCGCAAGAUAUACCGCUCGUCAAGAACUGGUACCUCGAGCACUGCCCGCCGAACCAGCCGGUGAAGGUUCGCGUUUCGUAUCAGAAGCUGCUGAAGGUCUUCGUUCUUAAUGAGUUGCACACGAGGCCGGAGAAGGCCAUGACGAAGAAGAACUUGUUCAGGCAGUUGAAGGCGACCAAAUUUUUCCAAACGACGAGGCUUGAUUGGGUAGAGGCCGGCUUGCAGGUUUGCAGGCAGGGAUACAACAUGCUGAACCUGCUUAUUCACCGCAAGAACCUGAACUACCUACAUUUGGAUUACAACUUGAACCUGAAGCCGGUCAAGACGCUCACGACCAAGGAGCGUAAGAAGUCGCGGUUCGGAAACGCGUUCCACUUGUGCCGUGAGAUCCUACGCCUCACCAAGCUCGUCGUCGACGCCAACGUUCAAUACCGCCUCGGCAACGUCGACGCCUUCCAGCUCGCCGACGCGCUGCAAUACAUAUUCGCGCAUAUCGGCGCGCUCACCGGCAUGUACCGUUACAAGUACAAGCUGAUGCGGCAGGUGCGCAUGACGAAGGACCUCAAGCACCUGAUCUACUAUCGCUUCAACACCGGGCCCGUCGGCAAAGGUCCCGGCUGCGGCUUCUGGGCGCCCGGCUGGCGCGUUUGGCUCUUCUUCAUGCGCGGCAUCGUGCCGCUGCUCGAGCGCUGGCUCGGGAACCUGCUCGCCCGCCAGUUCGAGGGCCGCAACAGCAAGGGCGUCGCGAAGACGGUGACGAAGCAGCGCGUCGAGUCGCACUACGAUCUCGAGCUCCGCGCGGCGGUCAUGCACGACAUCCUCGACAUGAUGCCCGAGUCGAUCAAGCAGAACAAGGCGAAGACGAUCCUGCAGCACCUGUCCGAGGCGUGGCGGUGCUGGAAGGCGAACAUCCCGUGGAAGGUGCCCGGCAUGCCGACGGCGAUCGAGAACAUCAUCCUCCGGUAUAUCAAGAGCAAGGCGGACUGGUGGACGUCGGUCGCGCACUAUAACCGUGAGCGGAUACGGCGUGGAGCGACGGUCGACAAGGCGGUCGUGAAGAAGAACCUCGGUCGUCUCACCCGGCUGUACCUCAAGGCCGAGCAGGAGCGCCAGCACGCGUACCUCAAGGACGGCCCGUACAUCAGCGCCGAGGAGGCCGUGGCUAUCUAUACGGCCACGGUGCAUUGGCUGGAGAGCCGCAAGUUUGCACCCAUCCCGUUCCCUCCGCUCUCGUACAAGCAUGAUACCAAGCUGCUCGUGCUUGCGCUCGAGAAGCUGAAGGAGGCGUACUCCGUCAAGGGCCGCCUGAACCAGUCGCAGCGAGAGGAGCUCGCGCUCAUCGAGCAGGCGUACGACAACCCGCACGAGUGCCUGUCGCGUAUCAAGCGGCUGCUCCUCACCCAGCGCGCGUUCAAGGAGGCCGGCAUCGAGUUCUUCGACACGUACGACAAGCUUAUCCCGUGUUACGACAUCGAGCCCGUCGAGAAGAUCACGGACGCGUAUCUGGACCAGUUCCUGUUCUUCGAGGCGGACAAGCGCGGUCUGUUCCCCGCGUGGAUCAAGCCGGCCGACACGGAGCCGCCGCCGCUGUUGGUGUACAAGUGGUGUCAGGGCAUCAACAACCUCACGGAUAUUUGGGAGACGAACGAAGGCGAGUGCGUCGUCAUGAUGGAGACCGUGCUGUCGAAGGUAUAUGAGAAGAUCGAUUUGACGCUGCUCAACCGUCUUCUCCGUCUCAUCCUCGACCAUAACUUGGCGGAUUACAUUACGGCGAAGAACAACACGGUCCUGACCUACAAAGAUAUGGCUCAUACGAACGCGUACGGUCUCAUCCGUGGUCUCCAGUUCUCGGCCUUCGUCUUCCAGUACUAUGGUCUCGUGCUCGAUAUCCUCAUACUCGGCUUGCAACGGGCUAGCGAGAUGGCGGGACCUCCGCAGAUGCCUAACAACUUCUUGCAGUACCGCGACUCGGCGACGGAGACCCGGCAUCCGAUCCGUUUGUACUCGCGUUACGUCGACCGCCUCCACAUCCUCUUCCGCUUCAGUGCGGAGGAGUCGCGAGACCUCAUCCAGCGGUACCUCAGCGCGAACCCGGACCCGACCAACAACAAUGUUAUCGGCUACAACAACAAGCGUUGCUGGCCGCGCGACUGCCGUAUGAGGCUGAUCAAGCACGACGUCAACCUCGGGCGGGCGGUGUUCUGGAACGUGAAGAACUCGUUGCCGCGAUCGUUGACGACUAUCGAGUGGGAGGACACGUUCGUCAGCGUCUACUCCAAGGAUAACCCACAGCUCCUCUUCUCGAUGUGCGGCUUCGAGAUUCGCAUCCUGCCGAAGAUCAGGACCAUGGGUGGCGAGCAGUACUCGCUCAAGGAUGCGGUGUGGAACCUCACGAACGAGCAGACCAAGGAGCGUACGGCGCAGGCCUUCUUGCGGGUCUCGGACGAAGGUGUUCAGCAAUUCAACAACCGUAUUCGUCAAGUCCUUAUGAGCUCCGGCUCGACGACCUUCUCGAAGAUCGUGAACAAGUGGAACACGGCGCUCAUCGGUCUGAUGACCUACUACCGCGAGGCCGUCAUCCACACCAACGAGCUGCUCGAUGCUCUCGUUAAGGCCGAGAACAAGAUCCAGACGCGAGUGAAGAUCGGCCUCAACAGUAAGAUGCCGUCGCGUUUCCCGCCCGUCGUCUUCUACACGCCGAAGGAACUCGGUGGUCUUGGUAUGCUUUCCAUGGGCCACGUGCUCAUCCCCCAGAGCGAUCUGCGGUGGUCGAAGCAGACCGACGUCGGCGUUACCCACUUCCGGGCCGGCAUGUCGCACGAGGAGGACCAACUUAUCCCGAACUUGUACCGUUACCUCCAGCCGUGGGAGGCCGAAUUCCUCGACUCUGCCCGCGUAUGGUCCGAGUACUCGAUGAAGCGGAAGGAGGCGAACGCGCAGAACCGCCGGCUGACGCUGGAAGAUCUGGAGGACAGCUGGGAUCGCGGUAUUCCUCGCAUCAACACCCUGUUCCAGAAGGAUCGGCAUACGCUCGCAUACGACCGUGGUUGGCGGGUACGGACGGACUGGAAGCAGUACCAGCUCCUGAAGCACAAUCCGUUCUGGUGGACGUCUCAGCGCCACGACGGCAAGCUUUGGCAGUUGAACAACUACCGCGUCGAUGUCAUCGCUGCGCUUGGCGGUGUCGAAACCAUCCUCGAGCACACCUUGUUCAAGGGUACCUACUUCCCCACAUGGGAGGGUCUCUUCUGGGAGAAGGCGUCCGGUUUCGAAGAAUCCAUGCGAUACAAGAAGUUGACGAACGCUCAGCGGUCCGGUCUGAAUCAGAUCCCUAACCGUCGGUUCACGCUCUGGUGGAGUCCGACUAUCAACCGAGCGAAUGUAUACGUCGGUUUCCAAGUGCAGCUCGACUUGACGGGCAUCUUCAUGCACGGCAAGAUCCCGACCCUGAAGAUCUCGCUCAUCCAGAUCUUCCGUGCUCACUUGUGGCAGAAAAUCCACGAGAGUGUCGUCAUGGACUUGUGUCAAGUCUUCGACCAGGAGCUCGAGCCUUUGCAAAUCGAGACCGUGCAAAAGGAGACCAUUCACCCUCGUAAGAGUUACAAGAUGAACUCAUCCUGCGCGGAUAUCCUGCUGUUCUCUGCAUACAAGUGGAACAUUACUCGUCCGUCACUCGUGGCCGAUGGCAAGGACGUCCUCGACGGUACGACGUCCAACAAGUACUGGAUCGAUGUGCAGCUGCGUUGGGGCGAUUUCGACUCGCACGAUAUCGACCGAUACACUCGCGCCAAGUUCUUGGACUACGUCUCGGACUCGAUGAGUAUCUAUCCGUCCCCUACCGGUGUCAUGAUCGGCAUGGAUUUGGCCUACAACCUGUGGUCGGCGUACGGUAACUGGUUCCCUGGCAUGAAGCCCCUCAUUCAGCAGGCUAUGGCGAAGAUCGUCAAAGCCAAUCCGGCUCUGCACGUCCUUCGAGAACGUAUUCGGAAGGGUCUCCAGCUUUACUCUUCCGAGCCGACGGAGCCGUACCUCAACAGUCAGAACUAUUCCGAGCUGUUCUCGAACCAGAUCAUCUGGUUCGUUGACGAUACGAACGUUUACCGUGUCACGAUCCACAAGACCUUCGAGGGUAACUUGACGACGAAGCCUAUCAACGGCGCCAUCUUCAUCUUCAACCCCCGCUCCGGCCAGUUGUUCUUGAAGAUCAUUCACACCAGCGUGUGGGCUGGCCAGAAGCGUCUCGGGCAGCUUGCGAAGUGGAAGACCGCCGAAGAAGUCGCGGCGUUAGUUCGUUCGUUACCGGUCGAAGAACAGCCGAAGCAAGUCAUCGUCACCCGGAAGGGCAUGUUGGACCCGCUCGAAGUCCACUUGCUCGACUUCCCGAACAUCGUCAUCAAGGGUAGCGAGCUGCAACUGCCAUUCCAGGCCUGCAUGAAGAUGGAGAAGUUCGGUGAUCUCAUCCUUCGUGCCACUCAACCCCAGAUGGUCCUCUUCAGUCUGUAUGAUGACUGGCUCAAGUCCAUUUCGAGCUACACCGCGUUCUCGCGCCUCAUCCUCUUGCUCCGUGGUCUGCACGUUAACAACGAGAAGGCGAAGAUCAUCCUCCACCCUGACAAGAACACCAUCACCGAGCCACACUUCGUUUGGCCGUCAUUGUCGGACGAGGAGUGGAUCAAGGUUGAGGUCGCCAUGAAGGACCUGAUUCUUGCGGACUUCGGCAAGCGUAAUAGCGUGAACAUCGCCUCGCUCACCGCAAGUGAGAUCAGGGACAUCAUCCUUGGUCAGGAGAUUGCCGCUCCGUCCGUGCAGAGGCAGCAGAUGGCGGAGCUCGAGAAGAGCUCGGAGGCACAAGGUCAGGUUACGGCUGUGCAAACGCAGACGACCAACGUCCACGGUGAUACCAUCCAGACCGUCACUACCACGAAUUAUGAGCAGCAGGUCUUCAGCAGCAAGUCCGACUGGCGUGUUCGUGCCAUCUCCGCCACGCACCUGCCACUCAGGCUGCAACAUAUCUACGUCUCCAACGACGACGUCAAGGACGAUGCGAGCGCCUUUACCUACGUUCUGCCGAAAAACAUCCUCCGUGCCUUCGUCACAGCGGCCGACCUCCGCACUCAGGUCGCCGCGUUUUUGUACGGUGUAUCGCCGCCGGAUAACAAGCAAGUCAAGGAGAUCAAGGCCGUCGCUUGGGCACCUCAGCGCGGCAACAACAACACGGUUGAGCUCCCUUCGCGCCUGCCGAAGGACGACUAUCUGCUGAAGGACCUCGAGCCCCUUGGCUGGAUCAAGACGCAGGCGUUGGAGCUGCCGCAUCUCUCGCCAACGGACGUCACCACACAGGCGAAGAUCAUGGCCGACCACCCAGAGUGGGGUCCGUCGUCGAUCUGUCUGACGGUGUCGUUCACACCCGGUUCGGUGUCUUUGUCCGCGCAUUCGUUGACCGUCGCCGGCUUCGAGUGGGGUCGCAAGAACAAUGAUAACUCGGUGAACCCGCCGGGCUUCAACCCCAACAUGUCGGAACGCGUGCAGCUCCUGCUCUCUGACCGUAUUCUCGGUAUGACUCUUGUCCCGGAGGGCAAGGUGUGGAAUUAUGGCAUCGGGUUGACCAACAUCUGGUCACCAAACAUGCCUUACUCUAUGACUCUGGACACCCCGUUACUCUUCUGGGCGGAGGAGCAUCGGCCGGCCGCAUUCUUGAGCUUCGCCAACCUCGAAACCGGAGACGACAGCGCUGACGUCGAAAACGCCCUGGCUUGAUUUCAUUCUGGACCCCCCUCUCUAUCAGCAAUGUUCUUGUACUUCUAAAUGCUUUGUAUGAAUGAUACAAUAGGGUAGUAUAAUCCGAUUGCCUGAAUCCGC